CAAGGUGGCAGCCUGACUUGCUCAUUCCCUCUACAUGUGUAUUAGUCGCAGAGAUGUCAAAUGUGACUGAUCUCGAUUACUGUGAUAAACUCAGAGAAUUUCAAUUAGUGCAAAUUAAUGGAACGUGGAACAGACGACGUGGAAGUGAACACUCUGGGGACCACCAGGGACAUCUGUCGCCUGCUAAAAUCUAUGAGAGCUCCACAGCUGACGGUGUCUGCUGGACAGUGGUGAGCCCCAUCGUGUUCACCUACAGAAUCAUCCAAUGCAAUAACCUUCUGGACGCUGAUAAUGACACCCUGAUGUUUGGCCACACGGGGUGCUGUGGAGAGCUGCAGAACAGCAGCAAGCCCAUAAAGCGCUUUAUUGUCAUAGAUGAGACCGUCCAUGCGCUCUACGGGAGUAGGAUCUCGGAGUACCUGAAGGCCAGGAAUGUCGUCUACAAGAUGCUGCCUUUGCCCACUACAGAGGAAAACAAGUCCAUGGAGCUUGUCACGACAAUCCUUGAGGAAGUUCACCAGUUUGGCAUUGACCGAAGGUCUGAGCCAAUCUUGGCCAUUGGUGGAGGAGUGUGUCUCGAUAUUGUGGGACUAGCGGCGUCUCUCUAUCGUAGAAGGACUCCCUACAUCCGCAUCCCGACCACGUUGCUGGCCUAUGUGGAUGCCAGUGUCGGGGCAAAGAAUGGGGUCAACUUUGCCAACUGUAAAAACAAGCUGGGAAGCUACAUCCCCCCGGUGGCCGUGUUCCUAGACAGGUCUUUCCUGGGGACCGUCCCACGCCGCCACAUCGCCAAUGGACUGGCUGAGAUGUUGAAGAUGGCUCUAAUGAAACACAAAGGCCUGUUUGAGCUUCUGGAGUCAGAGGGGCCGAGGCUUCUGGAUUCCAAGUUCCAAACCUGUGAUGAGACCGACAGGACAGACCAGUCGCCUGCUGCUUCAGCAUCCUCUAGGAUCGCCAUAGAGACCAUGCUGGAGGAGCUGGCUCCAAACCUGUGGGAGGACGAGCUGGACCGACUGGUGGACUUCGGACACCUCAUCAGCCCUGAGCUAGAGAUGAAGGUGUUACCUGCGCUGCUGCACGGCGAGGCAGUGACAAUCGACAUGUCCCUCAUGGUGUACGUGGCCUGUGAGCGAGGCCUGCUGACCGCUGCGCUGCGGGAUCGGGUGGUCCGCUGCAUGCGCGCCCUGGAGCUGCCCGUGUGGCACGCGGCCUGCAGCCUGGAGCUGGUGAGGGAGGCCCUUGGCGAGCGACUCAAGCACUCCGGAGGACUGGUCAGGAUGCCACUGCCCACAGCUCUGGGGCGAGCAGAAAUCUUUAAUGACACCAGCGAUGACACGUUGUGUCAGGCAUUCCAAGAAUGGAGUACGGACCUGGGAACAGGACCCCUCCCCAUGUGAAGAGCUGAGCUGCACACACACGUGGACAUGUAUUGUACAAGUGGCUGAGUGCUUUGGCAUUCCUGAAAAUAAACAUGGAAAUUAACAAA